AUGAAUUGGACCGAGGGAAACUUGUCUCGCCAUUCCAGAGGGAGACAGCGUAAUGAAUUACUCACGCGACAGAAGCAACAUUUCGCAAAAGUCCGCAAUGGCCUAUUCAACGGUGGUGUCAAGAAGAGCCCUAUAUCUAUAUCCUUCCUCGGACCCGGAAAUUCACGAGGCUCAAGACACCGUGAUGGUUCUGGAGGUGUACAAUACAGACCAUUGUCAAGCCCCCUCUUAGUUGAGAAGCGGAAGCGAGCUCCGGAUGUAUCAGGUGACUUUAAACAUCAAUCAUCUAUCCGCGAAAAGAGAAGAAGAUUACUUGAUCAACAGGAUUGGGUUGGAUUGAAUUUGCAGCAACCAAUCGACAUCACUUUCCCCAGGCAGCUCCAACCGCUCACCGGUUCAAGAUGGGCUAGAUCAGGUCGCUCACGGCCACGUGCGGUGCAGAGACGCCAUGAAUCACCAAGCAGUCCUCUCCAAGAAGCUCGUGGUCAUCCAUUCAAAAUUCAGAUUGGAAGUCAGGAAAUCAACCCAAGUCUGAGCACAGUGUCAAGAAGAUAUAGCCUAGCACCUCAGCCCUUAGCGAGCUCAUCUCAAAUACGAUCAAAUCCAAUUUCAAGCCCAGAACCCAGCCACGCUCGUCAUCUAUAUGUGGCGCCAACGCGAAGUAACAAGUCCCCACGGAUUACAGAGGAUAUCAUGUACGAAACAGGAGAACAAUAUGAUACAUAUCCCAAGGGACACGUGAGGCCACUAGAGCCAGAAGAACCAACCUACGUUGUCCACUCCUCGUCGAUCAUUCAUGAACCAGUUCCUCGCCGGAGAUACAAUAACUUCAUGGUACUGGAUUGGUCUCCAGCUUCGUCCGGAUCCGAGGAUUGGGGAAGUAUGCGGGUGGAGAUCGAGCGCCCAGCGAGGCCAGCGCCGUCACAAGAAGCGGACCAAGAAUUUUGGAAAAACUUGGUUCCUAGCUCAUCAGAUAACCUACCAAUUGAUGCUGCAGCUACUUUGCAUGUUACGACGUCGUCGAGCACCUCAGGAACUAGUGUUUUACCAUCAAAUUUGCAGGCAAGACUGCCAAGUUACGAUAUCUCGAGCGAACCGGUAGCGAGCAUGAGUUAUCAGUUUCCCGACUCAAGUACAAGUAGCUACGAUGAUAUUCGAAUUCCCAUUUACGAAGAAGACGCUGCUAUUUCGAGUAAAAAUGAGUCAAAUAAUAAGAAUGCCGAAACUCAACUAGAAUAUGAUAACGAUGCUUGGAUGAAAUUUGUCUUCGGUGGCGACAGCGAGGACUUAGAAGCGAGAGCAUUCACAGAGGCUGCGCAACAAGCCGCGGCAGAAUUACGUCCUCCUGACACACACACAUUCGCCGUCAGUUUUACAGAAAAUAGUGCGGUUUGUGGAGUAGACUCUUUUGGACGCGGCGAGAAAGACGAUAGCCCCCAUCUCUCAUGUUCGAGCGAAAGUCAUAUGGCAACACAAGGGACGCUAGACUCAGAAGCGGUAUCUAGCAACUUAGCUACGGCUGGUUCAACGACUAUGACCGAGCAGGGUUCACCUUUUCGCUUCGCGCAGCCUAGAACUUUCGUCGGAAAACUUGCUAAUUCAAGUACUUCAACGACGCAUGGGCCGAAGCCCACGUCAAAUUAUCGUGGGGAGAAGAGAGGCAGACAUAAGAGGAAGGCUACAGAUGGAAGGACCGAUAUUCGACAGCUUCCAGAUUUCGACGGGGACCCAAUAGAAGAGUUCGAAGACGAAUGA